GGACUUUUCAGCAUAUCAUGACCGCGCGCCUUUCCUCCUCUCUCCAAGUCUUUUCGUUUCUGCGUGAAGUUGAACGGAGGGGAGAGCACAAUGAGAGGGAAAUACUUUCUCCUCGGCUUCUUGUUGCUCAAACUUAUGGCUCUGGUGUGCAAGGCUGACGGGGAGCCGGGACUGUUAGGAGGAUUCGUAAUGAUCUCGACCUCCAACGGCUCCAGGGAGGAGGAGAGCGUGUCCGAGGAGACCCCACACACGGAGGACAAAUGUCGGGGUUACUACGACGUGAUGGGCCAGUGGGACCCGCCGUUCAUCUGCAAAACGGGCAAUUAUCUGUACUGCUGCGGCACCUGUGGCUUCCGCUUCUGCUGCUCCUACAAGCACUCGCGGCUGGACCAGAGCACCUGUAAAAAUUAUGACACUCCGGUGUGGAUGAAGACCGGGCAGACUCCCUACAACAAAAUGAACAAGAUGCACGACAGCACCAAAGACAAGACGAACUUAAUCGUUUACAUCAUAUGUGGAGUAGUGGCCAUUAUGGCUCUUGUGGGGAUUUUCACCAAAUUGGGGCUGGAGAAGGCGCACCGGCCCCAGAGAGAAAACAUGUCCAGGGCCGUGGCCAGUGUGCUGCAGGGCGGGUGUCCAGGUGAGCAGUAUCGGGGGGAGGAGGCCCUGGGGAUGCAUUCCCAGCACUAUGUUUCCAGAUCCACAAACCUCCAAGGCGGCCAGAUCAACAACAAUGUGGGACCGGGCCCGAACAUGGGCCAGCAGCACCCUUACCCUGCGCUCAGUCAGCUGGCUCACGUCUACGAACAGCAGCAUCAUCAACAGCAGCAGCAGCAGCAGCAGCAGCAUCAGCAGCAGCAGCAACAGCAGCAGCAAAACAAGGAUCUCAACAAGUACGCCUCCCUGAAGGCUGUGGCUGCCAAGUACAACGGCGAACUCUACAACAAGCGUCGGCUGAUGGUGGAGCUGCCAACAAAGGGCGGCCUUCCUCUGCAGCCGAUGGGCAACUCCAGACCCUCUAUGGGCAACAUGUCGUCGAUGACCCCUCCGAUGACCACCAAUCCCAUGGCUUCGAACCCAAUGUCCUCCAAUCCCAUGAACCCGACCAUCACCCAGAUGACUUCAAUGACCCAAAUGACGUCUAUGACACCCAUGACCUCAAUGACACCCAUGACCUCAAUGACACCCAUGACUUCCCUCACUCCGAUGACCUCCAUGACUAUGACUUCUCUGGGUCCACUGACUCCAGAGCCGGUGGCCACCUACGUCACAGAGAUGCCCAGCAUCUCCUCCGUCUCAACGCUACCGACAGAACGGCACAUAGCUGGCGUGGGAGGAGUCGGGGGACUUAAGCCGAACGGCCAGAAACCCAAAGGCAGUCAUGGCCACGCUGCCCACAGCUCUCACAGCUCUCACAGCUCUCACGCUCACGCUCACAGCCAUAGUAGCAAGCCGCCAGGACUCGGGGCUACCUCCCUGGCACACAUGGCGGGGACCAUGCCAGGUGGCACGUCCCUGGGCAUCUCCAGGGCUGCCGAGACCACUAUUGGCUCCAGCUCAGCUACAAUGGGCCGCCCAUUGGCAUACAGUUCCAACACAAUUGCGGCCGGGCACGGGAUGGGGAUGGGGCUGAAGGGUUGGGACGGGACUGAGACGGUGGGCCGGAGGAAGACCUACGGGCACAAGAGGCCUCAGUGUACCGUGCUGGAGCCGAACCAGCUCCACGGCAGCAGAGGCCAAAGCCACAGCCAACACUUCCUCCCCACACAGCCCUACUUUGUGACCAACAGCAAGACAGAAGUGACUGUGUGAGAGAAGAAGAAAGGGAGAAAAAGAGGGUGAAAGGAUGCAUGUGGAGCGGUGGCACAAGUAAUCUCUGCGUGGAGACACCAACUCCCUUGGGUGGUCCAAAGUGCAGAUCUGUGUGUGUGUUUGUGUGAAGAAGCUGAGGCCCGUUGGUGUACUGCUGAAUGUGGUGGGACAGUGACACUGUGUCUGAGUGGUCCUCAUUUCACAAACAGAGAGUUCACCGAUGAAAUCACUGAACAGACCUUUGUUGUCAAGAGGAUGGCAUCUGUAACCAUAACAACAAAGCGCCUAUAGAGCAGGGAUGUCUGUACACUUGUGGUGAUUUUAGAGUAUCGUCUCACGGAUAAUAUCUACUCUGUAACGAUAACAGUAUCUGAGCAUUACAGUGCGACUACACACACGUGAUGAGGAGGUGGGAAAACUGCUGAUAAUAAAAAUGGAUU